AGAUAGGCUGCUGGGGGCGACCGCCGAGAAAUUGAAACUAGAGACUAAAACAUGGCCGAAGAAUCCACCCCGGAACCUGGAUCAAAUCGCUCGUAUUCUGCCGUCAACGGUGGCCGGACUAAGGAGGAAUGCGAGGAUAUGAUCAGAAGAAGUUUCCGAACUCCGAUGGUGAAAUUCUUGAUGGAGCAUUUGGAGAAAUCUGGAUGUGGGAUUGGGGAUAGGUUUAUUAAGGCUGUUCAUUGCGAUAAACAGAUCAGUGGUGGGUAUGUUCGUGGUGAAGGGAUAAUGGUGUGUAGUAAUCACAUGAACAUUCAAGAUGAGGUGAACCAAGUAGUAAUACAUGAGCUUAUUCAUGCUUUUGAUGAUUGUCGUGCGGCAAACUUGGAUUGGGCUAAUUGUGCUCAUCAUGCUUGCAGUGAGAUUCGUGCUGGACAUCUAAGUGGUGAUUGCCACUAUAAACGAGAACUACUGCGAGGAUUCAUGAAAUUGCGGGGCCAUGAGCAAGAAUGUGUGAGAAGAAGAGUGAUGAAAUCAGUGAUUGCUAAUCCUUACUGCUCAGAAGCUGCUGCAAAAGAUGCUAUGGAAGCUGUCUGGGAUGUUUGUUAUAAUGAUACACAGCCAUUUGAUAGAGCUCCUUAAAACUUGGAUUAUGGUCAUUCAUCUGCAAAGAACAAAGCAGUCACUGCUCCUAAUUUAAUGGUGCUGUGCCAAAAAGAACAACAGGUUUUCUUCCCAAGUGUUGGAUUGCAUAAAUUUUAGAGAGAUCAUUGCCUUGAGCGGUUCGAUAGAUUAUGAUCGAUGAUUUUAUUGCAAUAUAGACAUUCCCAUUUUUGUUGCUUUGGAUCCAAUACCCAUUUACAAUAGAUAAACUUAUUGUAUAAUACUUCUAAGCUCAUGUUGAAGAAAAUAAAACAAGAUUUAGCUUCUCUUUUAAAUUA